ACCUCGCACCUUCCAGAUUCUUCCAGAGAAGAAAAUAAAAAGAAACCCGUUUUGGAAAGACUUGGAAACUUGUUUGGUACAGGGAAGAGGAAAAACGUCAAAAGUUCACUAGAGCACGCUUCACAUCAUAAGGGUGAGAGGUCAGGUUCUCCUCACAGGGCACAGGCAGUGUACUGUAGGCACUUCAGAGAAGGACACGAAGCUCCUCAAGUACAGAAACAAGUGAGAAACGUAAGUGCCCUUUCUGAGGCACAGGAAUAUAAUUUCAGUGGGGAAGUAAGACCGCUGUAUCACGACACGAUUUCAGAAUGGAGUAGUAGGGGAGUCUCUUCUGACAGUGAGUGGUCAGCAGAUUGGAGCGGCAGCAGUGAAACCAUUAAAAACUCUUUCUGUGAGAGCAGCCUGAAUGUGGAAACUCUGGGGUUGGAGAAAGAAUCCGUCACAGAUAUAAAUAAUUCCACAACUCCAGAUUUCAUACAGAGCUUGAGAAAUUUGUCUAGUGAAGACUUAGAAAAGAGUAUCUUAAGUCACAAACAGCUUGUGAACACGUGGGUGUCUGAGGAGCCUGGGCAUGCAAAACCAAAGGAUUUGCCAUACGAGUUGGAAUCUGCAGCGAGUGAUCACGCAUGUUCUGCUAGAGUAUUAACGGUUGAUAUCUAUCUAAGAAAAACAGACGAACUCCUUAAUGAACCUGUGAGUCUCAUAUCAGAAGAAAAUUGCAGUGAUUUGGACACAAUGGAUAAAAAAUCUGCUAGUAAAAGAUCUGGAAAACGGAGAAAGUCUCAGUCAUCUAGUGACAUUGCAAAUGGAGAGAAAAACCAGACUGAGAAUACUGCAAGAGAAGAAUCUGUUUUUGAGGAUGAUGCCCAUUCUGAGGUGUUUUCAGACAAGAUAAUAAACCCUGAACGAAAAGUGAGGUCUCUUCAACAGACUCCUGAAAGGAAUUCCUCUUCCUCAGGUAAUAAUCAGGACCUAAAAGUCGGAUCUGCUCACAAAGGGGCAUCUAAAGCUGAAGCUGACAAGGGCAAGCAGCAGAUCUCAAACACAACCUCUGCAAGGAGAAGAUCAUAUAAAAAGAAUCAGUCAGAUGCUGUACCCAUUUCCCCUACUGGUUUGAAGGGUCAGGUGAAAGAUUACUCUUCAAAAAGGCAACCUUUAGCAUCACCAGACACUAACCCAGUAACAAAAAGAACUUCAGUGGAAAAGGGAGCUAUACCUGUGGCUUUUGGGGAAGACGGUUUGGAGUCUCCCAAAACUUCUUUGGCUGCUAAGACAGAAGACAAUGCCUUGGUGUUUGCUGAAGGCAGAAAUGACACCAAGGCAGCAAAGCAUGGUAAUGGUCCAGAUGGAAGAGCUUUCUUGCAUACUGAUGGGAUUAAAAAUGGAGACUUGUGUCUGUCAGCUGAAAGACAGACAAAUUCUGAUUUAGAUACCUUGAAGGUGAAGAGUUUGGAUUCUUCCAGAACAGUCACGACAAAGAUUAGCCUUCCAGCCAAACCGAAGAACAUAGAGCUGAAUUUUAAAACACCUAUGAACCAAGACAGUUUAGAAAGUGAGCAGGAGACACUUGAAAAACCAGUCAAUAAAACUAACAGCAACAUAGCCAACAAAAUUUCCUUGUUUGAAAACAAGUGUGCUAACCAGAGCCAGAGGCCUACUGACAUCCCUGCUUCAAAAAAUAGUGCUGUACCAAGCACAUUUGUUGGUAGAGCAAAGCUUAAAUUUGGAAAACAACCUAAAGAAAAUGAGCAGCCUGAUAAAACACUAAAUAAGCAAAGCAGUCGCCAGAAGCUAUUUGAGAAUGGCACCCUGGAGAAAGAAAGCACUGCAGAGUUAAAAGGCAAAAAUGAAGAAAGCUUUGCAUCCUACGAGGAUAUUGGGAAGACAACAGAACUUAAGGUGAAAGCUGCCAUAUCCCUUUUUAACCAAAGCAGCAAAAGUGAUGUUGGUGGUGUCUCUCUGAAGCAACCAGAACCAGAUUUAACCACAGCAAAGAAAGGAAGUUCACCUUUUAAACUGCCUUUGCACUCACCUGUUAAAAGUGAAAAUGCUCAAGAUCCUUUCUAUCAAAGAAAUUAUAUGAGCUCAGAAUUCCACAGAAACGAAGAAAAAGUGCUGCCAAACACAGAGAUAUUAUCACCUUGCAGUAAUGAUAAAUAUCCUCUACCAUCUCAUGAGGUUUCCAGAUCAGAAUUUAAGAAUAUGGAAAAUGGCGAUAAAAAGGUGAAGCCAGGAGAUUUGGACUUUGCAGCACUGCAGUAUGAUGACAGCAGUCAAGACAGUAUAUUGGAAUCAGAGCACAACACCAAUACACAAAAGAGCCCAGGCAAAACCUGUAAUGGAUCUACUGAAGAUGACAGCAUUUUUGAUUCCCCAUCUGACAUGAAGAAGUUUGCUGAAACUAUAAAAAACUUAGACAGCUCAGUUUGUUUACCCCAGAAAAAGAAGAGGUCAAAGCUUCCGAAGUCUCCGGCACCCCACUUUGCAAUGCCUCCCAUUCAUGAAGACAACUUAGAAAAAGUAUUUGAUCCUAGCGUGUUUACUUUUGGUUUAGGACUGAGGAGGGAAAAAACACAGGAUCUGUUACCAGCACAACAAAUUAAAAUGCAAAGCCUGGAAACAAUAGCCAGAGUCAGGCCCAAGCGUGCAUCAACAGAGCAAAGUAUCAUAUUCAAAGCUCUGCAGUCAUGUAGAGAGGAACCUGCUUUUCCUCAUGAAAUAAAUGGGAAAGAGAACAUUGAUUGUACAGAUGGUGAAAUUAAGAGAUCACGACUUGAAAAAAGCUCUCUCUUCUCAAGCUUGCUGUCUUCUAAAGAAAAGUUUUUUAGCUCUUCUGUCACUUCAGUAAAUAACACAACAGCUUUUGCAACUGACUCCUCAGGGAUGCCUCCUUUACAACAGGAUGUUUCUGGGCCAUUCAUCAUGCCUCAAAAAUCUGAGUCUCUUUCAGAUAUGAAGUUUCCAAGUUUUGUGGAGAAGUACCUGCAAGCAGAUAGUGCAAAAAAAGAGCUAAGUUUACAAAUGCCCAGCUACGGCAACCCUGAGAAAAGUUUUUCGAGCUGGUUAGGAACAAGCAGAUAUGAAUCAAAUGUCCCCCCUGCUUUAUUGGAUGUGGAUACACUUCCAAGAAGUGGACAAAGUAAAAUCAAUCCCAGACCUGGCAAGCUGGUGAUAUACUGUGACUCAGACUGUCAAAAACCUGGCAUUGAAGUUUUCCAUGAUGUUCCAGAUUGCAGUUCUUGGGUACUGUCACCAACAAUUUUAGUUAAAGUCAUCAGAGGAUGCUGGAUACUCUAUGAGAAACCAAAUUUUGAAGGCCCCUCUAUUCCAUUGGAAGAAGGAGAGUUGGAACUCACAGAUAUUUGGGGUGCAGGUACUUCUGAAGAGCAAAGUGACUGCAAGUCUCAAAAGCCUGCAGUGAUUGGUUCAAUCAAACAUGUUGUUAAGGAUUACAGGGUUUGUCGAAUUGAUUUGUAUACAGAGCCUGAAGGCUUAGGAAUCGUGACUUCCUUUUUUGAUGACACUGAAGAAACGGGAGUGUUUGGAACCACUCAGAAGACUUGUUCUAUUAAAGUACAUUGGGGCAUAUGGCUUCUUUAUGAAGAGCCUGGUUUCCAGGGAGUCCCUUUAAUGUUGGAGCCUGGUGAAUAUCCUAAUUUAUUAUUCUGGGAGAAGAAGGAAGCCUACAUUAGGUCCAUGAGACCCUUGAAAAUGGGUGGUCGCAAAGUUGAAUUCAGUGGGGAGCCAAAGGUAAUUGUUUAUGAGAAGCCUUUCUUUGAAGGAAGAGAGGUGGAAAUAGAAUCAGAGAUCUUCAUGCUUGAUGACAAGGAAUCAGAAGAUAAGACAAGACUUCCACUUACAUCAGUGGGAUCCAUGAAAGUGCUGGGAGGAGUUUGGGUUGCUUACGAGAAGCCUGGGUUUGAAGGCCAUCAGUACUUGCUGGAAGAAGGAGCAUAUCGGGAUUGGACAGACUGGGGUGGCUACGAUGAGGAGGUGCAGUCCCUGCGACCAGUUGUCGGUGACUUCACAAGCUCCCAUAUGAUUAUGUACAGUGAAAAAGACUUUGGAUCAAAGGGUUCCAAUAUCAAUGUGUUAGGUAUCAUUUCCAAUUUGAAAGACACUGGAUAUGGACUGAGGACACAGUCUAUAAAUGUGCUAAGUGGCGUAUGGGUGGCUUAUGAGAAUCCUGAGUUUACAGGGGAGCAGUAUAUAUUGGCUAAAGGGCUGUAUCCCAGCAUUGAGGCAUGGGGGGGAAAAAACUGCAAAAUAUCUUCAGUUCAACCCAUUGUUAUGGAUAUUGUUGGAAGUGAAAGGGGUAAAGUCAAGGUCCAGUUAUUUUCAGAGCCUGAAUUCAAGGGUAACUGCCAAAUAUUUGAAAAAACCACAAGAUGUAUUGAUUCAUUUGCUGUGAAGUCUUCAAAAAUUUUAGAUGGCAGCUGCAUUGUGUAUGACCAGGAGGAAUUUGCUGGUAACCAGUAUGUGUUGGAAGAAGGGAUCUAUCCUGAUUUGACAGCAAUGGGUUGUUCACCCCAAACAGUUCUAAAAUCUUUACGGAUCAUAAAUAUUGAACUCUCUGAGCCCUGCAUAGCUCUUUUUGAAAAGAUGGGCUUCCAAGGAAAGAAAAUUGAAUGCAGUACAGAAAUCUUAAAUCUUCAGUUCCUGGGAUACAAUCCUCGAAUAGCUUCAGUUCAAGUCCUUGGCGGCAUAUGGAUAAUUUAUGAACACAGUAAUUACAGGGGACGUCAGAUGUUGUUAACACCAAAUGAAAUUCCAGACUGGUAUAAAGCCAGUGGCUUUUGUCAGAUAGGUUCUCUGAGACCUUUACUGCAGAAACGUGUGUACUUCAGGCUUCGAAACAAAGAAACAGGAAAAUUCAUGUCAGCUGAUGGAAACCUAGAUAAUCUGAAUCUUCUCAGAAUACAGGUUGCAGAAGAUACAGACUCAGAUGAUCAAAUCUGGGUUUAUCAGGAUGGAUUCAUAAAGUGUCGGAUGGCAGAGGAUUGCUGCUUGACAAUUGUUGGAAAUCUUAUAACUCCUGGCUCUAAACUUGGUCUGUCAUUUGAGCGGAAUGAAGACAAGCAAUAUUGGCAUAUUAGUCCUGAUGGCAGAAUUUAUAGCAAGAUGAAACCCAACCUGGUUUUAGAUAUCAAAGGAGGCACACAGUAUGAUUGUGACCAUGUUGUUGUCAACACAGUCAAUGAAGAAAAGUUAACGCAGUGUUGGGAGCCACUGGUUGUAUAA